ACAGUAUCUAGAUAGAUGGACUACAAUAAAGCUCAUGAACUAUUCAAAUAUUUGUGCCGUAAAAAUAACAAUUCUAAUGACACAGUUUGUCAAUAUCCAAUGGAGCUGCCUAGUCAAAACAGUAAAAACUUUACUCGUGCUCCUAAACCACAGAAUAAAAAGAAAAUAAUAAAGCCUUUAUCUAAUAAUAAAUUAACAGCUACCAAACGACAACCUAACACGAACAUAUGUCGUAAAACAAUAUCAAGCAAAAAUACAGGCGAUCAAACCACUGUAUCUCGUUUAAAAAAUGUAACGCGUGAUAAUCUAAUAAUCAAAAUACAACAACUGGAAAAUGAAAAUGUUGAAAUACAAAACAAAUAUCAAAAAUUAUUAACUGAAAAUCGAAUAUUAAAAACUAUGGAAAAACGUCAAGAAAAUGCUUUAUUAUUUUACGAGGGUACAGAAGCUAAAUUACCUCAAGUUAUGAAAUCAUUAAAUGAUGACAUACAAGUAUACAAAGGAAGAAUAAAGCAAAUGCAAAGUACUUAUAAGGAAUUAGAAAAUAGGUACCGUUCACAGAGUACAGAGCUUUCUAUGAUGACUAAAAAACAUAAUCAUUUGUUAAAUUUAUCUAAAAAUAAAAAUCUAAACGAAAGAGAAAAACUACAAGAUCAAUUGAAAGAUGCACAAAAUACAAUUUCACAUCAGGAAAAGAAAAUUGAAAGUUUGAUGAAAGAUUUAGAACUUCAAUGCAAGAGUUAUCAACACCAUAUUAUUUUAGAAAAAAAUAAAAACAAAGAAUUACAAAAAGAAUUAAUAAAAAUGAAAAGUAUGAAUGAUAAUAUAAAUCUGAAAAAUAACAAUUUUCAAAAUAACACAGCUCGACUUUUCUUAAAAAAUCAAACAGUUAGACAUUCUAUCUCUCAUUCUCCUUGCGCGGUAAAAACAAUGACAAACAAUGAUCUAACAGAUAAAGAAGAUAAUAAAUCAUUAUAUAAAAUAAAUGCAAAAUCAUUAAAUGAGAAUUGUAAUGGAAAUAAUAGAAAUCAUAUGAAUGAUUCGACUACUCGAACUCAAAAUAAGAAUCCAAUUUUGUUCAAUAAAGAAAAUAUUGAACACUUGCAUAAUGAUAUUAAAUACAAAACUGAAAGAAAUCCGAACCUAAAUGUUCAGGAGGUUAACAAUAAAUUAAAAAUCAACAGUGCAAAACAAAGCUUUUCACGGGGAAUUAAUGAAAAUUCUAUCACUUUAACGCAACGAAUAACUAAACCUGAGUCAGCAAAUUAUCGUUUCAAUAAUAAUAAUGAAACUAAAAGCCUAAACAAACAAAAUUCUUCAAAAUCAGAAUUUUCACUAAAAUCUUCUGAUAGUUCAGAUGAAUUUUUCAUAACAGAUAAUGAUAAAACUUAUAAUGAAAAAAAUAUUGAUAAACAAUAUGUUGAUAAUCCUUUGUCAAAAAAUAGAGAAUCAAAAUCAUUUGUCAACCAAAAUAAUAACACUUUAGUCAAAAAUAAUGAAAAAAAAUUACUCCACAUUCAAACUAGUCUAAUGAAAUCUAACAGUACAUCAACAUCUAAAGAUUUAUUGUUACCAAAAUUCAAUACUUGUGAAGAUGAGGAAAAUGAUAUUUAUACACCUAAAUCAAAAAUUAUUGUUAAUAAGAAUUCACAGAAUGUAAAGAAAUUUAAUGAUGAUGAUGAUGAUGAUAAUGAUUCAUCAAGUGUAAGCAGUAUAUCAUCUGUAUCAACAUCAGAUGAUUCUAAUGAAUAGUAUAUGUAAUAUAAAUUAUGAAACUGUUGUUAUUUUUAAUAAAAAAUUAUUUUUAUACUUGA